AUACCCAGCAGGCAGCGCCGCGGACACCUAUCGCCCGGCGAGGACCCCGCUCUCAGAGCCUGGUUUGGCGCGAUAUGGCGGGUUGGUAACUAGCUGCAGACAAUCCGCCUCCAUCCUCCCGCCCUGCAGCUCCCACACACCGGGAACACGGAGCCCGGCCACCCGGACAGGAACAGCAUCGCCCCCAGUUGUCGCCUUGAAGGAUCCCAUCCUUUCUGAACACCUUCUUUGUACGUCGCCUGCCUGUCUCAAAAUGUUCCUUUACAACAUCACCCUGCAGAGAGCUACUGGCAUCAGCUUUGCCAUCCAUGGAAACUUCUCAGGAACCAAGUUGCAGGAGAUUGUGGUUUCCCGGGGUAAGAUUGUGGAGUUACUCCGUCCAGAUGCCAAUACUGGCAAGGUGCACACUCUUCUGACGGUGGAGGUUUUCGGGAUUAUUCGCUCACUCAUGGCGUUUCGUCUGACCGGAGGAACCAAGGAUUAUAUCGUGGUGGGCAGCGACUCCGGGCGUAUCAUUAUUUUGGAAUAUCACCCCUCUAAGAAUAUGUUUGAAAAGAUCCAUCAAGAGACCUUUGGAAAAAGUGGAUGCCGUAGGAUUGUACCAGGUCAAUUCCUGGCUGUAGACCCUAAAGGCAGAGCUGUGAUGAUCAGUGCUAUUGAGAAGCAGAAGUUGGUCUACAUUCUGAAUCGAGAUGCUGCGGCCCGGCUGACCAUCUCCUCUCCACUGGAAGCCCACAAGGCCAAUACCUUGGUGUAUCACGUGGUGGGUGUGGACGUGGGCUUUGAAAAUCCGAUGUUCGCCUGUCUGGAGAUGGAUUAUGAGGAGGCUGACAAUGACCCCACAGGGGAAGCAGCUGCCAACACGCAGCAAACACUAACUUUUUAUGAGCUGGAUCUUGGGCUGAAUCACGUGGUGCGCAAAUACAGCGAGCCGUUGGAGGAGCAUGGGAAUUUCCUGAUCACAGUUCCUGGCGGUUCUGAUGGUCCCAGCGGCGUGCUCAUCUGUUCAGAGAAUUACAUCACGUACAAGAAUUUUGGAGACCAGCCAGAUAUUCGAUGUCCCAUCCCAAGGAGACGGAAUGAUUUGGACGAUCCUGAACGAGGAAUGAUUUUUGUCUGUUCAGCUACACACAAGACCAAAUCGAUGUUUUUUUUCCUGGCUCAGACUGAGCAGGGGGACAUCUUUAAGAUAACCCUGGAAACCGAUGAGGAUAUGGUAACAGAAAUCAGAUUGAAGUAUUUUGAUACGGUUCCAGUGGCAGCCGCGAUGUGUGUUUUGAAAACGGGAUUUCUUUUUGUGGCGUCAGAAUUUGGGAACCAUUAUCUCUACCAGAUUGCUCAUCUGGGUGAUGACGACGAGGAGCCAGAGUUCUCCUCCGCAAUGCCCCUGGAGGAGGGGGACACCUUCUUCUUCCAGCCUCGUCCACUGAAGAACCUGGUGCUUGUGGAUGAACAGGACAGCCUCUCUCCCAUCAUGUGCUGCCAGAUAGCGGAUUUGGCCAAUGAAGAUACACCACAGCUCUAUGUUGCCUGCGGUCGGGGACCACGUUCCUCACUUAGGGUUUUGAGACAUGGACUCGAGGUAUCUGAAAUGGCUGUGUCUGAGCUGCCCGGUAACCCAAAUGCUGUGUGGACAGUUAGAAGGCACAUUGAAGAUGAGUAUGAUGCCUACAUCAUAGUGUCCUUCGUGAAUGCCACCCUGGUUCUUUCUAUUGGAGAGACUGUAGAGGAAGUUACAGACUCUGGUUUCCUUGGAACAACGCCCACUCUGUCCUGCUCCUUAUUGGGCGAGGAUGCCUUAGUGCAGGUGUAUCCUGAUGGAAUCCGGCACAUCCGCGCAGACAAGAGAGUCAAUGAAUGGAAAACGCCAGGGAAGAAGAUCAUUGUGAAAUGUGCUGUGAACCAGAGGCAGGUGGUGAUUGCACUAACGGGAGGCGAACUUGUCUACUUCGAGAUGGACCCAUCAGGGCAGUUGAAUGAGUACACAGAGCGUAAGGAAAUGUCCGCAGACGUGGUGUGCAUGAGUCUGGCUAAUGUUCCACCUGGGGAGCAGCGAUCACGCUUUCUGGCUGUUGGACUUGUAGAUAACACUGUACGAAUCAUCUCCCUGGACCCUUCGGAUUGUCUCCAGCCGCUCAGUAUGCAGGCUUUGCCUGCUCAGCCAGAGGCAUUGUGUAUUGUGGAAAUGGGUGGAGCAGAAAGGCAGGACGAGCUCGGUGAGCGAGGUUCCAUUGGAUUCCUGUAUCUCAACAUUGGACUGCAGAAUGGAGUACUGCUUCGGACUGUGCUAGAUCCAGUCACUGGUGACUUGUCUGAUACGAGAACCCGAUAUCUGGGAUCACGUCCUGUGAAGCUGUUUCGUGUCAGAAUGCAGGGACAGGAGGCGGUCCUUGCUAUGUCUAGCCGUUCAUGGCUGAGUUACUCUUAUCAGUCCCGGUUUCAUCUUACGCCUCUCUCCUAUGAGACUCUGGAGUAUGCAUCUGGCUUUGCUUCUGAGCAGUGUCCAGAGGGUAUAGUAGCCAUUUCAACCAACACGCUGAGAAUUUUAGCUUUGGAAAAGUUGGGAGCAGUAUUUAACCAGGUGGCUUUUCCUCUUCAAUAUACUCCUCGCAAGUUUGUAAUCCAUCCUGAAAGUAACAACCUGAUCAUUAUAGAGACCGAUCAUAAUGCGUACACAGAGGCCACCAAGGCCCAACGCAAGCAGCAGAUGGCAGAGGAAAUGGUGGAAGCGGCAGGAGAAGAUGAGAGAGAGCUUGCCGCAGAGAUGGCUGCAGCAUUCCUGAAUGAGAACCUGCCAGAGUCCAUCUUUGGUGCCCCCAAGGCUGGAAAUGGCCAGUGGGCAUCGAUUAUCCGUGUCAUGAACCCCAUCCAAGGAAACACCUUGGACCUGGUGCAGCUGGAGCAGAACGAAGCUGCCUUCAGUGUGGCCGUCUGUCGCUUCAGUAACACCGGCGAUGACUGGUAUGUUCUGGUGGGUGUGGCCAAGGACCUUAUCCUGAACCCACGCUCUGUCGCUGGUGGGUUGGUUUACACCUAUAAACUAAUAAACAAUGGAGAAAAGCUGGAGUUUGUGCACAAGACAUCAGUUGAGGAGGUUCCCGCUGCGAUCGCUCCAUUCCAAGGGCGAGUCUUGAUCGGGGUAGGAAAGUUACUGCGUAUUUAUGACUUGGGGAAGAAGAAACUGCUGAGAAAAUGUGAAAAUAAGCACAUUGCCAACUUUAUUGUUGGUAUCCAGACCAUCGGGCAGCGUGUGAUUGUGUCUGACGUACAGGAGAGCUUUAUAUGGGUGCGUUACAAACGCAAUGAAAACCAGCUGAUCAUUUUUGCAGAUGAUACCUACCCUCGCUGGGUCACUACUGCCUGCCUUUUGGACUAUGAUACGGUAGCCGGGGCUGACAAGUUUGGAAAUAUCUGCGUGGUGCGAUUACCUCAGAAUAUAAAUGAUGAUGUUGAUGAAGAUCCCACUGGUAAUAAAGCCUUGUGGGACAGAGGUCUUCUCAAUGGUGCUUCCCAGAAGGCGGAGGUGAUCAUGAAUUACCAUGUGGGAGAGACUGUGCUGUCACUACAGAAGACUACACUUAUUCCUGGUGGCUCUGAAUCGCUGGUCUACACUACUUUAUCAGGAGGGAUUGGAAUCCUUGUUCCCUUCACAUCACAUGAGGAUCACGACUUCUUUCAACAUGUCGAGAUGCACCUGCGCUCUGAGCACCCCCCGAUCUGUGGUAGAGACCACCUUAGUUUCCGCUCUUAUUACUUCCCAGUCAAGAAUGUUAUAGAUGGAGAUCUGUGUGAACAGUUCAAUUCAAUGGAGCCAAUAAAGCAGAAAAGUGUUGCAGAGGAGCUGGACAGGACGCCCCCGGAGGUCUCCAAGAAGCUGGAAGACAUUCGCACACGCUAUGCCUUCUAACCAGGGUCAAUGACCCUACAUAUUUUUUGAAGAUCUGUUUGCGCUCUGGUGCCCAGCCAUGGUUGUAGAGCCAUUGGUUUGAUGUUGUGGACAAUGGGCGCACUUAUAAAUCCUGUGUGGGUGUACAGAUGGUAAUAGGCCAGAGGUCACAUCCUGGAGAAGACUGGUUUCCUUGUGGCGUCGGACACAUUCUGUCUCUUGGUGAGCAGCUUUUGGUUAAACAGAUCGUUUUUAUUCGCCCACCCUUUCAGGCUGUAAAUAUAGUUUUGUAUAAUAAUGUUUUUUUGUUUUAAGCAUUGAACCUGUCUGAAUAGACUUUGCAGUUGGAUAAUAUUGUCUGAAUCUGAUGACUGAGUAAGAAUAAAUAUUUUUUUUUUUUUUU